CUUUCAUUGCAUUCAUAUCUUCAUUGACGACAAUGACUACAGAGGAAGUUAGUCAGAGACUUCAGGAUCUCGUCAACAAAACUGGGAUUGCAAUCACUCAGAGAUGUGGUCAGAGAUUGUAUGGUCCACCCGAUGGCUGGCCAGAGCCCGAGAGGGGGUGUGAGGUGUUUGUGGGACGACUUCCCCGUGACCUCUAUGAAGACGAGUUGGUGCCACUCAUGACUUCAUUUGCACCCAUAUAUCAGUUGAGACUAAUAAUGGACUUCAGCGGAUCCAACAAAGGCUUUGCAUUCGUUACUUACACUAAGAGAUCGGAUGCCAUUGAAGCGAUUUUCAGACUUAAUAAUCAUGAGGUGCGACCCAACCAUCGCAUUGGUGUCACUGAAAGUGUGGACAACAGUCGUCUAUUCAUCGGUAAUCUUCCCCUUAAUAUGACUCGUAAGCAAGUGAUGGAUGAGAUGUCAGCCAAGACUAGUGGUGUAGAAAAUGUGGUCGUUUACUAUAACUCGUAUGAAUCGGCCGAUGGUUGUGAGGAUCGGGAGUUCAAGACACGGGGCUUUGCUUUCAUUGAGUAUAGAACUCAUCGGGAUGCAGCCAUGGCUCGCAAAUGCCUAUUGCCUGGCUCCAAAUCGGGAAGAGUGAUGCUGUUUGGCACAAAAGUGACACUCGAUUGGGCCAUACCUGAGCUCAAAGUGAACCAAUUGGUUAUGUCUAAGGUGACAAUUCUAUUCGUCCGUUACUUGGGUUGUGAUGUCACAGAAGCACUCAUUAGAGAGUUCUUUUCGCUGAGGAAUGUCUAUAAUCUAAACGUCCAAAGAGUCAAACGAAUUAAAAACUAUGCAUUCAUUCAUUUUGAGACCAGAUUUGAUGCACAACUGGCUUUCAAUUAUAUAUCGCACAUGGAUUUGUGUGAAACGCCAUUAGGGGAAAAGGGUCAGGCUAUAGAGUUAAUGUGGGCUAAACCUCCUAAAAAGUGCAACUAUAGAGAUGAUUGUGUGACCAAUAAGUCACUGAAUCCAACGGCUCAACCCUUCCAUCAAUAUGCCAACCAUACCAAUGGACUGAACAGUUAG